AUGGUUGGGGUCCGUUUGGGCAUCGUGGCUCUUCUCUGCCUUUUCGUCCUGGUCCAGGGCCAAGCGACGUCGGAAUUGCCACUCAAACACACGUACCCGGCGCACGAGAAGGAGCUGGUGAGUAACCGAGGAUUGCUGGAUGAACUGCAGGAAGUGCUGGAAAAACUGCAGCAUAAGAAGGUCUCGGCUUGGGAAAAGAAAUUCAACCAAGUACCCAAGUGCUCCUUCGGCGACGCCUGCGCCAUCCGGAAAGGCGCCCGCAUCGGCAAACUCUGUGACUGUCCCCGGAGAGCCAGCUGCAACGCUUUCCUUCUCAAAUGCUUGUGA